UUCAACAGUCGAAAUGAAGAUGGCCGCCGAGGUGAGGUGGCUUUUAAUUUUUCAUGUGUUUUCUGUAAUUUAUGCAGUUUUUGGUGAGAUACCCCAUCGAAAAUUUGAAUAUAAAUAUUCAUUUAAGCCACCAUAUCUUGCACAAAAAGAUGGAAGUGUGCCUUUUUGGGAAUAUGGAGGAAAUGCAAUUGCUAGUGCAGAAAAUGUUAGAGUCGCUCCAUCAUUGAGAAGUCAAAAAGGUGCUAUAUGGGUAAAACAUCCUGUUACAUCCUUUGAAUGGUGGGAAGUUGAAUUAAUAUUUAGAAUAACAGGAAGGGGAAGAAUUGGAGCAGAUGGUUUAGCAUUUUGGUAUACCGGUGAAAAGGGUGCAUAUAAUGGCACUGUCUUUGGUAGCUCUGACCAAUGGCAUGGUCUUGGAAUUUUUUUUGAUUCUUUUGACAAUGACAAUAAACACAAUAACCCCUACAUUAUGGCAGUUCUCAAUGAUGGCAAAAAGACAUUUGAUCAUGCUAAUGAUGGUACCACACAGUUAUGUGCUGGUUGUUUGAGAGAUUUUCGUAAUAAACCAUUUGCUACAAGAGCCAAAAUUGAAUAUUAUAAGAAUACUUUAACACUGUUAUUCCAUAAUGGUAUGACAAAUAAUGAACAAGAUUAUGAAACAUGUUUCCAAGUUGAAGAUGUUUUUCUACCAAAAGGAGGAUUUUUUGGUGUUUCGGCUGCGACUGGUGGUUUGGCUGAUGAUCAUGAUGUUUCUCAUUUCUUAACACAUUCUCUAUAUCCUCCUGGUCAGUUAAGGCCAGAUCAAAAAGUAUCUCUGGAGGAACAACAAAAGCUUAGUCAGGAAUAUAUGGAUUAUCAGAAAAAAUUAGAACAAAGGAAAGAAGAAUAUCGCAGAGAUCAUCCAGAUGAACAUCGUGAAAAAGAAGAAUUCGAAGAAUAUUUUGAAACUGAUAAUCAAAGGGAGUUGCGACAAAUUUUCUCUGGUCAAAGUCAAAUGUUUGAUGCGUUGCGCGAAUUAAAUAGGAAAUUAGACAACAUAGUAGGAACACAAGAGCGAUCUUUAAGUUUAAUAUCUCAAAUUCAAGUUGGUGGUGUGCAAGUAGGAGGUCAACCAGGACAACAAGUACAGCUGAUUGAUACAAUUCGUCGGCAAGAAGUCGAUACUCUUUUAAACAAUCAAAAUAAUAUAUUAAAUACUGCAAGAGAAAUUAAGUCCUAUGUAAAUGAAGUAUAUUCCAAAGCUGAUACCAUUCUUAGUAAUCAGGCCAGAGCUCCAACUGCUCAGGUACAGCAAAUGGGAUAUGAUUAUCAUUCUCUUAUUUCUGAAAUGAGAGACGGACUUAAUACACUAAAAAGAGAUAUCACUCAAUUAAAUACUAAAGUAAACAGUGGAGGAACAGAUUGUCCAACAACGAAUUGUUUAACAACAACAAUGUUUUUACUUUUUGUGGCAAUUCAGAUGAUAAUUUUAUUAGCAUAUAGCACGUACCGGGACAAUAAAGAAGCACAGGCGAAAAAGUUGUAUUAAUAUUUGUUUUUGAUCCUACAGUGCAGAAGUAAAGGUAUAAAAAUAAAUAUCUACCUUUACAUACUGACCCAAUAUUUUUAUCACUUGUUAAUCGUAUUCGUAAAACAUGCAUUUUUGCUGAACAUUUGUACAAUAAAUACAUUCUUCAUCUACAGUAGACCUAACACAUAUAAUAAAGAGCAGUCAAUGCUUCUAAAGCAUGAUAAAAGAAAAUGCUCAGCUUGAUAUAAUUCAAUCAUUUCGAAUAUAUCUUUUAAUGCGUCAUAUUUUUUGUCAUUGUAAAUCAUAUAUAGACAUAAUAUAAAUAUAAAGUGACAGAAAGUAGGCGUGAAAUCGAACUGGAUAAUAUAAUAUUUUUUAGAUAUUCAGUAAUAUUGAAAUAUGACAAAUUUUGUCAUAUUUAGAUGGUUGUGUAUGAUAUAUAUUUUUUUAUCAUCGUUCAUUAAAAAAGUUUGUGCUAUGCGCACAUUUUUUUUUUAACUAUUUUCAUUAAUAUUUUAUUUAAAAAAUUAUUGUUUUUUUUUAUACAUUGAUUUAUAGGUAGUGUUAGCAAAAAUGUAUAAACAUUUGUACUAAAAUUUUGUAUUUGAAAUUAGCAUAUCAGAUAUCAAAAACUAAAACAAUUUUUUGAAAAAAUCUGAUAGAUCUUCUUUUUUUUUCUUUUGAUCUGGUACUACAUUCCCAUAGGUGAACGAGUGUAUAGAUAAGCUCUACGUUUCUAACGUGACAGUUACUUAAAAUUAAAAGUAAGAAAUCGUUGAUACGAUUCUAACUAUUCAAAGUAGUAGUUCUUUAUGCUGUGUGCAAAAGUGACGUCGUACAAUCACUACGUUCUUGAAGCUCUAUAAUAAGAAGAUUUUUGUUAAACGAAUACGUACUUUGUAAGAAUAUACCGUGUAUCGAGAAUAGCUGUGUAGACAGGAAGGACUCGAUUUAUUCGUAAGUUCGGUAUUCUCGUCAACAUUAUUGCAUUUGUAAAAGUUUAUUGAAGAUUGUAAAUGUAUAAUGAAAUAUAUCUGAUAAUAAAAUUACUAAUCAAAGAAACAAA